AAAAAGGCAAAAGAAACACAUCACGAGACAGUACUUUGUGAUGUAAGCAACCACAUACACCACUCCCUUCUUCUCCUCCCCAUUAUUUGUCCUUUUCUUUUCCUUUCCCCAAUAAUUCUCUUCUUAUUUUAUUGGCUAUUAGUAUUACUAUUUCCUCUAAAUUUCAUUAUGAUUCCUUCUUUUGUUUUAAACUUCUUUUUGAUUCUUUCUAUAUAUACAAAUACAAAAUCUCCUCUUCUUCUUGAAAAAGCUCCUUACGGUUCUCUCUCUCUAUUUGCCUGCUAUGAUGCAAGAAUUAGGCUUAGAACGUUUCUCAAACGACGUCGUUCGCUUAGACCUUACUCCUCCUCAAACCUCAUCUACUUCUCUCUCCAUCGACGAAGAGGAAUCAACGGAAGCCAAGAUCCGACGGCUGAUAUCGGAGCAUCCUGUGAUCAUCUUCAGUAGAUCUUCAUGUUGCAUGUGCCACGUCAUGAAAAGACUCUUAGCAACGAUCGGCGUAAUCCCCACCGUCAUCGAGCUCGACGAUCACGAGGUUUCUUCUCUCCCCACGGCUCUAGAAGAAGAAUAUUCCGGCGAAGUCUCCGCCGUUGUUCCUCCGCCGGCGCUUUUCAUUGGCCGUGAGUGCGUCGGAGGUCUUGAGUCCCUCGUCGCUCUCCACCUAAGUGGUCAACUUGUUCCUAAGCUUGUCCAAGUUGGAGCGCUUUGGGUAUGAUUGUAAUUUACCUCAUCUUAGUACUUGUCUUAAUUUGAAUAGGUGCAAAAGAAAAAAGAAAUUAGGGUUUCUCUUCAAUUGCUCAUGAAAGCCUGAUUCUGAUUAUCAUCAGAUGAUCAAAAUUAAAUACCCAUGUAGAAAAUGAAUUAUGAAUAAUUAAAGAUGUGUAAGUAGUAUAAUUUUAUAUAAUUUGCUUGUUCGUUUUCUC